CUGCCAUUUCUUGGGCUUUAGCCUCAGAAACCUCAUAUGGGCGAAGAAUAAAUUUGGGCCUUCUCAUUAUAUAGUAUAGUAGGGAAUAAAAAGUCACAAUUUCACUAAAAAUCCAGAAAAUAGUCAACGGUUUUGACAGAUGGGAAAACGCAAAUCGCCACCGUCUCUAUUGAUUGGCCAGUUGUUUCAACAAAAAUGUUUGUAAUUCGCAUCUUUCCUCAAAAAAUUCCCUCCUCCUUCCUCCACCGCCUUCCACCUUCUUCUUCCUUCCAAUUCCCUUCUUUAAUCAGCUUUUCCGGCAACCUCCUUCUCCUUCUUUGGCAUUUUCCCUUGUUCAAUUUCCCUAACCCAAAAAGACAACAAAGAAUUUGACGGAUAAUCCGUUUUCUAUUUUUCUCAUUUACGGUUGCCUUUUAACAUACUAUGCUUCGGCUUUGUUGCCGAAGGGCCCGGCGGUCCGUCCGCCUGCCCUACCGGCGGACCUUCAACACUUCAACCGGCAACCGCAAGAACAAUAAUCAAGAUAUUCCUAAAACUGCGUUGAAUUCCUCUAACAAUAUUCAACCGUCGGCUUCGGAACCGCCACCGCCGGCUCUCAUCCCGAUUCCUCAAUCUCCGAACCCUAAUAGGACCUUUUUCCUUGUUCUUUCCACCACCGUAGUCUCCGGAAUGUUAGGCUCGUAUGUCUUGACUCACAGCGACGACGUAUCGAGUGCGGCACAAAGUGCCAAGAGGGAAUUCGAAAUCGCCGUGGAGAAAUCGAAUGCGUCGUUGAAUAAAAUCGUUCACCGGAUGAGGCAGACCGGAACGGCGGCUUCGGUGUUGUGGCAAUCGCUGAGGUCUCUUAUGUCGUCCGCGAAUCAUGAGGUGAGGGUGGGAUUUGAGCUGAGGGUGGCUGCUUUGCUGGCUGACAUUGCUGCGGCGAGUGAGAGUCGGAGAGCGGCGAUUGUGGCCGCGGGUGGCGGUGCGGUAAUUGAUUGGUUAUUGGAUACUGUGGCGGUAGCUUCCGCGGAUAAUUUGGGGACUCAGGCUGAGUCUGCUAGGGCUUUGGCCUACUUGAUUGCCGACCCUAACGUCUGUGAAGCUGUUUUGGCGAGGCCUCAUGCAGUUCCAAAUUUACUGAGGUUCAUUUUCUCUGCUCACCCUCGAAAAAACCAAAAGAGACGUAGUUCAUUCGAUCUUUCUGAUGCCUUGAAAGGUAGGAGCAUGCUUGUUGCGGCAAUUAUGGAUGUUGUUACCUCUAAUUGUGAAAGUGCUGACAAUUUGUUGUUUAAGCCAUUGCUGCCAAAAGAUGCUGAAGUAAGAGAUAUUUCAGCAGCUAUUGAAGUGAUUGAGGGUGGCAUCCAUUGGGAUGAAUCACCUGAGGAUGAGGGUGAUGAUAAUGGUGGAAAUGGUGUGAAAGGCAUUGGAAUCAAAAUUCUUGAAGGUACUACCGUUUUAGGCCUCUCCAGGAUUAAUAGACUCGUCGAGAACGAGAAUUCUGAUGUGAAUGAUGCAGUCACUGUUCAAAGUAUGCCGCAAAGCCAUCUAUUUAACAAUACAUAUGACCAUCCUCCUGCACACGCAAAGCUGUCAUCUGUUGUUGUCCCCGGGCUUUGGGAUGAUUUGCAUUCUGAACAUGUUGCUGUCCCCUUUGCUGCUUGGGCAUUAGCAAACUGGGCUAUGGCAUCUCAAGAUAAUAGAUCACAUAUUCAUGAAUUAGAUCAAGAUGGUCAUGCAAUCAUGACUGCUUUGGUGGCACCCGAAAGAUCUGUUAAAUGGCAUGGUAGUUUGGUUGCUCGAUUGCUUUUAGAGGACCAGAAUCUGUCUCUCAAUGAAUCUGUAUCUGAUUGGGCUUCCAGUUUACUUUCUACUGCUUUCCAAGCUAGUAAAGUUCAGGAUGCCCCUUUAGCACGAGUUGCUUUGUCUGCAUUUUUGGUUGCUAUUGAGAAAAGCCCUGACGCCAGGGAAGUUGUUCUGGAUAAGGGUCUUCAUUUGAUCAGAGAAAGUGUCAAACAAUCACAGAAGCAUAAAUCUGUGCAAGAGUUAUUGGCGAAGGCCUUGGAACUAAUUUGCAGUGAUGAGCUGCAUAUUUCUCUAGAAGAAAGUCAAAAGUGGUCUGGCAUUCUGCUUCCUUGGAUUUUCGGCCAGCAUUCUUCUGAUACAAUCAGGAACUCCGCUAUAAAUAUCCUUGCACAUAUCCUUGAAGAUUAUGGCCCGUCUUCUAUACCGAUCUCUCAAGGAUGGUUAACAAUCAUGCUGACAGAUAUCCUGAGCUUGAAGAAGACAGCUUUAACGACUGGAAAUACGCAGCCUGAAAGUGACAAAGUCAAGACCCAAAUUGAUCAGGCAAACAUAGUUUCUGGUACCCAAAUAGCUAGCCAGUUAUCCAGUGCUGUUGUUAAUCUAGCUGGGAAGCAAAUUGGAACUUCCGUUGAGAGUGAAGAUGCAUUUCCUUUGUUAGAUCUCCUCUCACUCGACCAAUUUUCUGUGGCAUUUAAGAACUUUAAGAAGGAUAAAAACCCUAAGAUUAAUGCUGCAGAUGCUGCAUUGGCUACCUUAAAAGGAUUAAAAGCAUUGACUGAAGUAUGUGUUGAAGAUUCUCUUUGCCAAAAUAAAAUUGUUGAUUUCGGGGGUUUGUGCUUGCUGAGGCGUCUUUUGCUUGAAGAUGAUUAUGAACAGCUAGCUGCCAUUGAAGCAUAUGAUGCUUCUCGAGCGCUGCAAGCACAAGAGAGGGGCUCACUAGCUCCAGGGGAAUCUUCAGCUUCCAAUAACAAUGAUUCUUCGAGUUUAAGAGUUCCACCUACAGCUCAUAUGCGAAGACAUGCAGCUAGAUUACUAACUGUUCUUUCAACACUUCCAAAGGUACAGAAAGCUAUUUUUACUGAUGAUGUGUGGCGGAAAUGGCUUGAGGAUUGUUCGAAAGGGAUAGUUCCUGGCUCUAGUGACCUUAAAAUUCAGAGCUAUGCCAGGGCUACAUUGUUGAAUGUUCUUUGUAACUACCGUCCUUCUGAGAAUUCUGUAAAUAAUGAAACGGUUGAUAAAAAAAACAGUCACUGUGUUCAUUAUGCUGACAGGAUUUAUUUGAUAAAUCCUGAACGACCACAUUGGAAGUGUCUUGACACUACAAUGCCCUACUUGAGUAGUACAUCACCAUCUGGUAAUGGUGAUACUGUGCCGAAUGCUGUUGAAAACUUAAGUGAAGAUGUCAAUGAAGAUAAUUCUUCUACUCCAACAUCUACAUCUGAUACCUGCCAAGGAUCAGAUGUACCCCCACUUGACAUUGUCUUUGUCCACGGCUUACGGGGGGGAGCCUUUAAAAGUUGGCGAUUAUCAGAGGACAAGUCAUCAACCAAGUCUGGCCUUGUGGAGAAGAUUGAUGAAGAGGCUGGGAAAAAGGGUACAUUUUGGCCUGGGGAAUGGCUUCCUGUUGAUUUUCCUGAUGCACGUGUUUUCAGUCUCAAAUACAAGACAAAUCUUACACAGUGGUCAGGGGCUAGCUUACCUCUCCUGGAAGUCAGCUCAAUGCUGUUAGAGAAGCUAGUUGCGGCAGGAAUUGGAGAUCGACCAGUUGUCUUUGUGACUCACAGUAUGGGAGGCCUUGUUGUCAAGGAGAUGUUGUAUCAAGCAAAAGCUGAAAAUAAGGACAACUUUGUGAAGAACACCAUUGGAAUUGUGUUCUAUAGUUGCCCGCAUUUUGGCAGCAAACUAGCAGACAUGCCUUGGCGUAUGGGUCUUGUGCUUCGUCCAGCUCCAACGAUUGGAGAGUUAAGAAGUGGAUCGCCAAGAUUGCUUGAACUAAACAAUUUUAUUGGUGAGCUUCAUGAGAAAGGCAUGCUUGAUGUCCUCAGUUUUGGCGAGACCAAAUUAACCCCAAUUGUUGAGGGAUAUGGAGGUUAUGCAUACCGAAGGGAAAUUGUACCUAUUGCUUCAGCUUUUCCUGGAUAUGGCCAGCUCGUUGUGAGUUACCAUUUGUAUUUUGAGCAUGCUUUUACAUUUUCUUUAGUAUGCUUUUAUGGAGGGAAUAAGCUCUGAUGCAUCUGACACCAUGCAAGUGUUACAUUGUAUGAGUUUCUAUUAUUAAAUGUUGAUAUUUUGUUUCUGAAUGGGAACUUUAUUGUCAAUAUACUUCACAAAAGUAUGGUAGCAUGUGGUUUAGCACAUUGGUUUCAGACAGAAGUUGAAACUUAUGACGAGAUUUCCUCAUUAACUGGAUGGAAGUAAAAGAAAACUGUAACCUGCUUGACUUGUGUAAAGUAACAUUUUUCUGAUGAUGCAUAGUGCCUACCAGUUUUAUUGAAUUUCCAAUAACAGCUUCUACAUUUUAUUUGUGUUUGUUCAAUUAUUGAUGAAUUGAUGUACGAACAUGUGUCGCUUUCGACUAGAGAACAUGAUGGUUACCUAAUUUGUGCCAUUCAGAGUAUGAAAAGAAUGAUUAAUUCAGUGUGUUUGAUAUUUUUAUCCAACCUUACUCUUUGUUUCUCCUAAACUUCAAAUGCAGGUUUUAGAUUCCACAGACCAUGUCAAUUCUUGCAAGCCCCUCUCGCGGGAUGACCCUUCCUACAAAGAGACAUUAGAUUUCUUGCAGAAGCUGAAGGCACAAAAACUACAGUGUAAAUAGACAAAGCUACGACAUAUUUUUGCAGUCAUGAUGUUGUAGCUUGAACGUCAGAAGCUUCUGGAAGCUUGACACUCCGGACAAAUAACUACAUGAGCGACAUGCGUUGUUGAGAUGAAGACUAUACAUGUACAGAAUUCAUGGAUUUUAAGUACCAGAAAUCUCAUUUUCCUGAGUUGAAGCAAGUUUGAAAGCUACAAAUGCUUCCUGAGAUCCUAGAUAGAAUUAGAGUUGGAUGUAGGUGAGAAACCUAGUUGUAUAGCCAUGUUUCUCAUUGUUGUUCCUCCAUAAUCCCUGUACAGUCCAUGUUCUGUAUAUUGCUUAUUGAUUAGAAAAUACCUCACUGGUUAGAGGGGAGGCCUUCCCUUUAUAGGUAGUUUAGCUGCUCCCCUGUUUUAGGCAUGGAGGAUGGUCCUUGCAGGUGCAGGAUGAUAAAGAUGACUAAUUCUGUACAUUAUGCCAUUGUUUCAUUUUGUGAAUGGAAAAAAGAGUAGUAAUUUCAGUAAAAAGUAUCC